CUAAUAAUAUGUCUCGUAUAUUAAUUCUAAAAACAGAUUUGACUUGGUCGUCAAUUCUACUUGAGAUCGACUUUUCCUGAUUAUUAAUUUUGAUUACUCCAAAAAUUUAAAUAUUUCAUUUCCUUUUUUAGUACGAAUUUGUUUGACAUUUAGGGCGAUUAAAUCAAUUGGGGAAAGUUCAUAGCUAAAUAGUAAAUAUAUUUAGACAGUCUAAUCUGAAGAAGACUUGACGACAAAUUCAAAUAUUAUGUUUUUAGAAUUCUUAUCGCUUCAGUAGAUCAAUCGGUACGUUGGAAUGAAAACGAGUACAUGUCUAAAUUCCGCUUGUUAGACAAAGAGAGAAAAUCACCGCUUCCAAUAACAAAAAUAUUAUAUCUUAUAAAAAAAAAAAAUAGUCCGUACUCCAUGAUAAUAUAAAUUUUAAAAUUAUAACAAGAAUUCCAGUAUCGCCGUUCACAAAUAACUUUACCGACUACAGAAUUUUUUUAUAGUUCAUUACUAGUUCUAUUAACAAAGUUGUAUAAAUUACUCCAUGAUUCUAUAAUCUAUUCUGUAUAGUAUUCUGUAUAGUUGACCAAAGAUUAAUUACAGUCUACAGAAUAAAUUUAAUAUUAUAUUCUGUGGUUUAAUUUGUGUUUUGAAUUGUUUUCUCUUAAAUCUGAAUCAUGGGUAGUGAUGGAAUUCUUAAAAACAAACGUAGACGAAUAAGAGAAUUGAAAAAUGUUACUAAGCGUCAAAGAUUAGAUCCAAAACUUUUUAAAAGAUUACCUGCUGAAAUACAGAAAGACACUUCAUUGUUAAAAUAUUGGCGUUCUAGAUAUAGGUUGUUUAAAAAAUAUGACCAAGGAAUUAAAUUAGACGGUGAAAGUUGGUAUUCAGCGACACCAGAAGUAAUAAGUCGCAUGAUUGCUGAGCGGUGUAAGUGUGAUCUGAUAAUUGAUGGAUUUUGUGGUGCUGGAAGCAAUUCCAUUCAAUUUGCAUUAACUAGUAAAAAGGUUAUUGCAAUAGACAUUGAUCCGAUUAAAAUAGAACUUGCACGAAAUAAUGCCAAGGUUUAUGGUGUAUCAGAUCGCAUAGAAUUUAUAAUUGGAGAUUAUUAUGCUUUAGCUCCUACUUUAAAAGCGGAUGUUGUAUUUUUAGCCCCACCAUGGGGUGGCCCUAAAUAUUCACAAAAAACAACUUUUAACAUUGAUGAUAUAAUGCCGAAUAAUGGAGGUGGUAAACACCUAUAUGAAUUAACACGUCAGAUAACCAAAAAUAUUGCAUUCUUUCUCCCAAAGAAUAUUGAACACAAGCAAUGUAUAUCUUUAGCUGGCCCAGGAAAUUUGGCGGAAAUAGAAAGUAAUUACUUGAACAAUAGACUGAACUCAAAAACAUUGUAUUAUGGGGAUUUAAUUACUACCAAUAAUUAGUAUUAAAGACAAAUAAAUAAUAAUAAAAUAUAUAAUUCAUGAAUAAAUCA